AUCGUGGAUUCGAAACAAGACAAGUCAACAAAGGCUUGCUGCAAGUGUGCACUGCAGCCGACGCUUCCAACAUACAACAGGAGUUCGGUCAGAGACUAUAAAAGUACAAAAUCCUCCUGACCUUCCAGUCUUUUUCUGAAGUUCCUGAUAGAUUACUGUUAAAUAGCUUCUUCUGCCGCUUCAUUGUAAGAUCGGCAUACGAAUUCCUUUGACCAACAGGUCCUCGAACCAACCUGUCCCCCUUUCUUGGCGGUGCCUUUUUCUUACUCUUUCCCUCCAGCCUCUAUCUCUCUUCACUGUAUUUACAGGUGUACCGUGGCAGUUUAAGUAGUAGUACUUUUAUAUGAGGAAAACGAUGGGACUUGGGAUUUCAGAAUCCAAGGUUGUCUAUGUUGUUGUUCUUGUCAUUUUCGUUUUGAAUUGCUUCACCCAGUUUGGAACGGACGCUCAAAUUUUGCCACAAAAUGAAGUGAAAGCUCUUGAAGCAAUAAACUCAAAAUUGAAAAACCUAAAUUGGAAGAUCAAUGAAGAUUUCUGCAGAAUUCAGGGAAAUGUCAAGAGAUUCAUUACAGAAGACAUGCUAAGCAAUGUCACAUGCAACUGUUCUCUCAGUAGAGGCACUAUUUGCAGCAUCACACACAUUCAGCUGAAGCGUCUUAAUCUAAGCGGAGUUCUACCAGUUGAUUUUGGAAAUCUUCGUAAUCUGCAAGAACUUGAUCUCAGUUUCAACUACAUCAGUGGAUCAAUUCCUUCUAGUUUCUCUCAGCUCCCUCUUGUCAUUCUGUCCCUUUCACGAAACCGGUUAAGUGGUGAAAUUCCUAAGGGAAUUGGUGAGAUUGGUUCACUUGAGGAGCUGGUUUUGGAAGCUAAUCAGCUUGAUGGACAUCUUCCUAAAAACCUAGGAAAUUUGAGCAGCUUGAAGAGACUUGUUCUUAAUGCAAACAACUUUACAGGCACAAUACCAGAAACGUUUGGAAAAUUAACGAACUUAACUGAGUUUAGGAUAGAUGGGACUGCAAUUUCUGGGAAGAUACCUAGUUUUAUUGGGAACUGGAGCAAACUUGAAAGACUUGAUAUGCAAGGCACGUUCAUGGAGGGCCCCAUCCCUGUCACCAUAUCCCUGUUGUCAAAUUUAAUUGAGCUGAAGAUAUCUGAUUUGAAAGGAUUGAGUAUUGGAUUUCCUAAUUUGAAGGAUUUGAAAAAGUUAAAAUACUUGGUUCUAAGAAAUUGCUUAAUCACUGGUUCAAUCCCAGGUUACGUAGGAAAGUUAGAAUCUUUGAAGCGAUUAGACCUGAGCUUCAAUAAUUUGAGUGGUCCAAUUCCAUGGAAUCAAGAGCUAGAUGACAUGUACUUAACCAACAACUCAUUAAGUGGAGAAGUGCCAAAAUGGGUAUUGGAGUACACCAAAAAUAAUUGGGAUAUAUCUUACAACAAUUUUUCAGGGUCAUCUCAGAUUGAUUGUGGGACACGGUCACAUGUGAAUUUGGUUUCUAGUUAUUCAUCUGUUGAGAGCAACUCAAUUUCUUGGUGCUUGAAGAAGGGCCUUCCCUGUUCGAAAAAACCAAAACAUUACUCCUUGUUUAUUAAUUGUGGAGGAGAAAAAAUAAACUUUGAGGGGAAUGAUUAUGUACCGGACAUAAUUCCAGAUGGGCGAUCACAAUUUAGUUCUGUUUCUGAAGAAUGGGGUUAUAGCAGCACAGGGGUCUUCAUGGACAAGGACACUACUCCAUACCGUGCACAGAAUACAUUUUCUCUGAAUGUGACUGGUAUCUAUGAGACAGCUCGAGUUGCCCCUUUAUCACUUAGGUACUAUGGCCUUUGCUUGCGAAAGGGAAGUUACAAAGUAAAGCUCCACUUUGCUGAAAUAAUGUUCUCUAAUGACCAGACAUUUAGCAGCCUAGGGAGGCGCAUAUUUAAUGUCUCGAUUCAAGGAAAGUUGGAGUUGAAGGACUUCAACAUUGUGGAGGAAGCUCGAGGUGUUGGUAUACCCAUCAUUAAGGAAUUUGAUGAUGUUCUUGUAAGUGGUAGCACUCUGGAGAUUCAUUUUUACUGGGCAGGGAAAGGAACUACUUCCAUUCCUGUCAAAGGUGUCUAUGGACCUCUUAUAUCUGCCAUUGAAGUGACACCAAACUUUGUUGUUGGCGGGGGCCUAUCGGUUGGAGCUAUUGUUGGCAUUGUACUAGCAUCAUGUGUGAUCCUUGUAUUGAUUUUGGUGUUUCUUCGGAUGAAGGGUUACCUAGGGAAGAAAGUCCUUGAAGAUAAAGAACUACGUGGUCUAGAUUUACAAACAGGUUAUUUUACUUUAAGACAUAUUAAAGCUGCCAUUGGGAACUUUGACCCUGCAAAUAAGAUAGGUGAAGGAGGUUUUGGCCCAGUUUACAAGGGUGUACUAUCAGAUGGUGCUUUAAUUGCUGUUAAGCAGCUAUCCUCCAAAUCGAAGCAAGGGAGCCGUGAAUUUGUUACUGAGAUAGGCAUAAUAUCUGCAUUGCAACAUCCAAAUCUUGUGAGGCUUUAUGGAUGUUGUAUUGAAGGAAACCAGUUGUUACUAAUAUAUGAAUACAUGGAAAACAACAGUCUUGCCCGUGCACUUUUUGGUCGUGAGGAGCACCAGCUACAUUUGGAUUGGCCAACGAGGAGGAAGAUAUGCUUGGGAAUAGCCAGGGGGUUAGCUUAUCUUCAUGAGGAAUCAAGGUUGAAAAUUGUUCACAGAGACAUAAAGGCAACAAAUGUGCUCCUUGAUAAGGAUCUAAACGCCAAGAUAUCUGACUUUGGUUUAGCUAAGCUUGAUGAAGGAGAGCAGACGCAUAUUAGUACACGAAUAGCCGGAACAAUAGGUUAUAUGGCUCCUGAGUAUGCAAUGAGGGGUUACUUGACCGAUAAAGCAGAUGUUUAUAGCUUUGGAGUGGUAGCUUUAGAGAUUGUUAGUGGGAAAAGCAACACCAAUUACAGGCCAAAGGAGGAGUUUGUUUAUCUUCUGGACUGGGCCUAUGUCUUACAAGAGCAAGGAAACCUACUCGAACUUGUGGAUCCAAGGCUUGGUUCAAGCUACUCCUCUGAAGAGGCAAUGAGGAUGCUCAGCUUGGCUCUUUUAUGCACCAACCCCUCUCCCACUCUCAGACCAUCAAUGUCUUCCGUAGUAAGUAUGAUUGAAGGAAAAUGUGCGGUUCAAGCACCAAUAAUAAAGCGCAGUGAAACAAACUUGGAUCCAAGGUUUAAAGCUUUUGAGAACCUUUCACACGACAGCCAAACACACGUGAGCUCCACUUUUUUGCAUGACAGUCAAACGCAGAGAGACAUGUCAAUGAACGGGCCAUGGAUUGAUUCCUCUUUUUCUGUCCAAAGUAAGGAUGUGAUCAGCAGAGACCAUUCUUCAUCAAGCAAGCUUCUUCAGGAUCUUUAUGACGUUAAUCUAGAGUGACUGAUGAAUAGAGAAAAAUACACAGGAUUUUUUUCCCCAAUCAAAUUGAAUUCUUGGAUUUGGCUCGACUGGGAUUAGAUUCUCUCUUAUUUUCAGUUGGAUGGACAUGAUACAUUAUCUAAUAUAUAAACAUGUAAUAUGCUAGUCAGUAAUUUGGGUAAGUACUAAAAAAUUAUGAUCUUUUUUCUCUGUUUUUAUUAUAAUUUUAUUUGUAUGUAGAACAAUUUGGACUAGGAUGUCCAACAAUUUGAACAAUAAGGGAGCUAUCUAUAUAGUUCCUAGACCUAAUCUAGGUAACGACUCAACUUAUAUCCUUUGCCUGGUUCACUUUAGGCCGAGGUGUACUUCUCACGGAUUUUUGGGGAAACCCAAAAAGGCCUGUCUUGGGCACUUGUGCCCAUAGUACCCUUAAUAGGAACUUUGUGAGGGAAGGAGGAAAUUUUCCUUUUUUUGACUUUGCUGAACCUUGGAUGGACAAAAGGGCAAGAUGUGCCCUUGUUGGAAGAUAUUCUUUAAAGAGAAGCUCACUUUCAAGGAAAAGUGUAGGGUGGUGAUUGAGGAGGUUUAAGAGGAAGUUGAUUGGAUGGACUACAUGGAUGUUGAAGCAAUGACGACACUAUUCACACCUAAGAUGGAGGGGAAUGUGCCAACCAUCAUCUGUGAGGAGCUAAGUGAUCCACCUACAUUCAUCAUACCUACUAUGGGCACUCUAGCAUUUGGAUUUGGGUUGGUUUUUCUUAAGUCAUAGGAAAAAUAUCCUAUAAUGCAAGUUUUAAUGUACUUUUCAAUAUUUUUAAUAAGAUGAAUUUUGAUUUGGCUUA